AUGUCUUCGAAGAAAAAAACUCCUCGUACGCUUGGAAAAAUUAAAGGAAAAGGAAAAAUCCUUGUUCCUAAAUGGAAGCUUUUUCGCGCCAAGGAGCCGUUGCUGUCAGUGUUCAUGUGGGGAGUAAAUCACGCUGUUUGUCAGCUGGAUCAUGUCCCACCUCCAGGACUGUUGAUGCCAGAUGAUUUUAAAGCUUAUGCGAAAGUUAAAAUCGAUAACCACUAUUUCAACAAGGAUAUCAUGCCAAGCCAUUACAAGGUCAAAGAAUAUUGUCCCAAUGUUUUCCGAAACCUUCGUGAGCAAUUUGGUGUUGAUUCAACGGAGUACCUCAGAUCGCUUACUACUUAUGAACCAGAACCAGACCAACUGGAUGGCUCAAAAACAGGAGCACCUCCAAGAUUGUUUGUCUCCUUUGAUAAAAAAUUUGUCAUUAAGUCUAUGGAUUCCGAAGCUGUAGCUGAAUUGCACUCUGUGUUAAGGGAUUAUCAUGAAUACGUAGUGGAAAAGCAAGGCAAAACACUACUACCCCAAUAUCUAGGACUGUACCGGCUUACAAUUGAAGGAUCUGAGACGUACUUGAUUGUUAUGAGGAAUGUGUUUGGACGAAAAUACAAUGUACAUAUGAAAUUUGAUCUCAAAGGUUCAACAGUAGCACGUGCAGCAUCAGAGAAGGAAAGAACGAAGGAAGUACCGACUUUGAAGGACAAUGACUUCCUGGAGAUGAACGAGAAGUUGAACCUCCCCGAAGAAACUCGCCAUCAACUUUUGGAAAUGUUGGCCUCAGACACUACCUGGUUGUCUAAAAUGCAUCUAAUGGACUAUUCAUUACUUUUAGGCGUUCACGAUUGUGAACGUGCCGCCGAGGAAGCCGCAAAGCGGCCACAGGAGCACAUGAGUGAAGAAUCGGGAGAUGAAUUGUGUCCUAGUCCUCCGGACUCACCUCUUCCUUCAACUGGAGCGUUUCCACCAUUGUCAGGCGGGCCGGACCUUGACGAUGAGUACUAUGCGAUUGCUAGUCAUCCAGACUCUCCCAAGCAAUUAAUAUAUUUCAUUGGUUUGGUGGAUAUUCUCACUUAUUAUGGUGUGAAGAAGCGAACAGCUACUGCAGCGAAGACGGUGAAGUAUGGCUCUGAUGUUGAGAACAUCAGUACAGUAAAACCGGACCAGUAUGCUCGCAGAUUGCUUGAUUUCAUUACUCGAGCGGUGACUCCAUGA